AUGAGUGAUAUUAAAGAAAUAGAACAUGAAAAGAAGUUCAUUGAAGAGUAUUUUAAAUAAAUAAGUACUUCUGAUAUUGAUACGAUAAAAAAGUAUCUUUUAUAUGUAAAACAACGUAAGAGAGGAAAUGAGAAUGAGAAGGUUCCUAUUAGAUAAUUUAUAAAUACGAUAUCUGAGGGGAAAGGAAAGAAAGCAAUUCAUUUUGGAGCAUCAAGAGGAGAUUUAGAAGUGUUUAAGUAUUUAGUAAAGAAAGGAGCAGAUGUUAAAUUGUUAGAUGACGAGAAAAAUAAUCCAUUUAUGAUAGCUGUUCAACAUAAUCAUUUAUAGAUAGUAAAAUAUUUAAUUGAUGAUCAUCACGUGGAUGUAAAUUACUCAAGAAAUACAAUUACAGCACUUCAUUUAGCUGCUCAAUAAGGUGCUAUUGCUAUGAUUGAAUUAUUGUUAUAAUCAGGAGCAAAUAUAAAUGCAUUAUCAAAUUAUGGUACUCCUGUAUCAUUUGCAGUGGCAUAUUAAUAAAAUAAGAGUGCUCUUCAUUUAAUGAGGAAUGGAGCAGAUUUGAAUAUAGUAUAAAAUUAAAUGCCUUCAUUAUUGCAUAUUUUGAUAGAUUAAAAUAAUGAAGAAUUAUUUAAUAUAAUAUUUGAAUAAUUUUAAGAUAAAAUUGAUGUUAAUAUAAAAGAUCAUGAUGGAUGGUCAGCAUUACAUCUAUGUGCUGAGAAAGGAUUAUUAAAUUUUUCAUAAACACUAAUUAAAUAUGGUGCAGAUGUGAAUUAUGAAAAUUAAAAAUAAACUGCAUUAGAUUUAGCAGUAUAAAAUGAGAAAUGGGAUUGUGUAUAAUAUUAUAGAGAAUUUGCAUUAAGAAAAGAUGCUUAAAUCCCAGCUCCCCAAGUAUAAUUAACAGAUGAUUAAAUCAAAGACAUUUAUAAUGAAAUUAAUAUUGAAAAAGGAGAUGCUAAUAAAUUAUUACAAGUUGAAUAAUAUGAUGAAGCUAUCAAUAAAUAUAAUUAAAUAAUUGAGAAAUCUAAAUAGAUUGCUGAACAUUAUAAAGAUGAUAUUGUAAAGAUUUAUACUAAUUUAACUAAUGCUUAAUUAAAAUAAUAAAAAUAUAAAGAUAUUUUAGUAACAUGUAAAUAAGCUAGAAAUAUUAAGAAAGAUUGGGUUAAGAUUUAUUAUUAUGAAGGAUAAGCAUAUGAAGGAUUAAAAGAAUAUGGAGAAGCAGCAGCAUCUUAUUUUGAAGCAUUAAAAAUAUAAUAAGAUCCAGGAAUGAAAGCAUUAUUUGAUGAAGCUAUUAAGAAAGGUAAGGAAUUGAAUAAAUAAAAAUGAUCACA